AAACGCAGUUGUUAUAUGAAGUUUGUUACAUAUUUUCACGUAUCCCUAUGACUACUGGCCAGCCCUCACCUGCUGGUUUUAAUUACCUUAUGCGUUUGAGUCGCUUUAUAAUGAAAAUAUAUCGAACAGGAAGUUAUCUGUAUCCUUGAUUCGUGAGCAGUUUAAAACACAAAUGCUGUGCUUGUCCAUUACUCUAAAGUAUCAGUCUAAUUAUCGCUGCUUGAUUUUUAGCGUAUUCAGAUUCCUAGCUUAUUCAUGUGAGUGGAACUGCUAAGCGCUUGCUCUGAAUUGACAGCCAACUCGCGAAGAAGCAGUUAUAGUUCAUAAGUCAAGCGAGCUAAAGAACAACAAAAAAGGGUUUACAAUGUCAGCGCUGAAAGUUUGUCUAGUUCUUGUUUACGUUUUGAAUUGCUCAGCAGACGAGGUUGAAUUGAAACACAAGCCCGCUGUUAAACCAGUUAGAUUGUUCACCGACGAAGAAUUAUCAAAGUACAAUGGACAUGAGGAAGGGUUGCCCAUUUACAUGGCGGUGAAAGGAGUGGUGUUUGAUGUCACAAAGGGGAAAGAUUUCUAUGGGAAAGAUGCCGGGUACAACGCAUUGGUGGGGAGAGACUGCACAAGAGCCGUUGCCAAGAUGUCUCUGGAUCCUGAAGACCUAACACAUGACACUACAGGGCUGACAGAAGAGCAACUUGAUUCACUUGAGAGUGUGUUCAGCGGAACAUACAAAGCCAAGUACCCAAUCGUAGGGUACACAUCCAGACGCAUCCUUAACCCGGAUGGGAGUCCGAACGACAAUUUCCAGCCUGAAGACCAGCCCCAGUUCAGCAUCCGAGAUGAAUUCUGAGCACACUCUCAUCCCUAAAGGAGGAGGCGGGAGGAUAAACAACUACAACUACGUUUUUUUUUACUUUGUUUAUUUUUAUGAUCAAAUUUGUAUUUAAUUCCUUGCUAUGCACUCCUUCUUGGUGGCAGAUGUUUGUGUAAACAGCAUGUGCAGGCUUACUUUUUAGAGUUUGUUACAUAUCUCUCCUGAACAAAAGGUUUACAGACUCUGGUCUUCGUAGUCUGGAAUGAUUCUACUUUUCAAAAUGAAAUCGAGGUUAAUCGCUAUAUACUCUUCGUGUUAAGACUACAUGUAAUUUGAUUAAGUUAUAAGUUCUGUGUGAUUCUUUGCAUAUGUAUGUUUAUACCUAGCUAUGUAAUGUAUGUCACAUUAAGCAUUUAGUAGAUGCUCCUGUCCUGGGUGAUAGAUUAUAUAUUUUUAUUUUUAUUCACUGAGCACAUUAUUAGGAAUACUAAUACUAAUACUGGGUACGGCCUCCCAUUGCUCUCAAAACAGCCUCAAUUCUUUGUGGCAUGGAUUCCACUAGAUGUUGUUCCAUGUUGACCUGAUUGCAUCAGACAAUUUCUGCAGCUGCACAUUCAUCCUGUGUAUCUCCGGUUCUACCACAUCCCAAAGUUAUUCUAUUGGAUUCAGAUCCGAUGACUGGGAAGGCCACUGAAGAGCAUUGAACUCAUUGUCAUGUUCAUGAAACCAGUUUGAGACGACUUUUGCUUUGUGACAUGGUGCAUUAUCAUGCUGGAAUUAGCCAUUAGAAUAUUGGUACACUGUGGCCAUGAAGGGAUGCACAUGGUCAACAACAAUAUACUGUACAAAUAGGCUGUGGCAUUCAAGCGAUGAUUGAUUGGUAUUAACAGUGCCCAAAGUGUGCACUGUUGUGCGUGUCAGUAGUUACAGAAAUACUGAAACCAGCCCGCGUGGAACCAAUAAUCAUGCCACGGUUGAAAUCACCGAGAUUACAUUUUUUCCCCGUUCUGAUGGUUCAUGUGAACAUUAAUUAAAGCUCCUGACCCGUAUCUGCAUGAUUUUAUGCAUUGCACUGCUCUCACACAAUUGGCUGAUUAGAUAACCGCAUGAAUAUGUUGAUGUAUUGGUGUUGCUAAUAAAGUGCUCAGUGAGUGUAUAUUGUUAACUUAUACAGCUGGCUAUUUUAUUGAAGUAAUUCAGGUGAAGUACCUUCCUAAAGGGACAUACAACAGCACCUCAGCUGGGAAUCUAACCUAUAAGCUUUGAGCUAAAAGCUAUUCCCUAUUCAUUAUACUAAAAUCCUUUGAAUUGAAGGUGGAAAACUGGUAAGAAGAAUGAGCAAGCCUUGGUGCAAUAUGUGAGCACUACACCGGUAUGUCCAAUUUGCCAGUUAUGCCAUUGUUUGGUUAGAAGUAAUCAUUCCAUCUGAUCUUAUUGGAUAAUAUAUUUUCCUUAUCUGUAACAUGCUUUUGCCCUGAUUUGAACAUACAUGUAUUUUCCUAUAUUGUUCAUACACUGUGAUGUCAAUUUCCAUUAUGUGACACUUAAUGCAUAUGUAUCCAAUAUUCAAAUAUUGGAGCUGUGUAUUAAAAUGGUUCUAUAAAUUUA